UUUAUGUCCCAUAAGACAGAUUGCUUUAGAAUCAAUGGGUGUUAAUAAGAAGUGUGUACAUUGCCGUGCAAGUGGACAGUUAUGAUUGAAUUCAACCAAAAUCGCCUACGGGCUGUGACAGAACAACGGCGGAGACAAAUUCUCCAAAUCUCAUCACACAAAUGGAAUUUGUUGCCACAAAUAUCUGAACGUGCGAAUAGAGCUUAUAAGUUCUGACGGUACAAAGUGAAUUUGUUAUCAACAAUAUUUGGUCACCGCUGUGUUGGUUUUGUACACAAGUGGAGUCAAUUAUAUCCAAGAACCAAUUAACACCUGAUCGCAAAUGCAAAUAUUGGUUCAAGCCCUUAUCAAGUGUGGGACAAAUCAAUAUUUGUUUUGAUCAUAAUUUUAUUAUCGUGUUUUCAUAAGACAAUGUGAUGAUGGUGGUGCAACAGUUUCAUAUUGCCUUCGAGUUUGCCGCAUUACAUGUACCCAUACCAUAAACGCAAAAUAUUUGCGUCCGUUUGGAAAGGUUACUGAAAAAUGAUCAUAAAAGUCAUUGCGCAAAGGAAUGUGGAAAAUUUAUAAGCGCUCCUAAUUCUUUGGUAACUCAGACACGGGAUAAGCCACGUGGAUGCGGAUACAUUUGUGACCAUUUUGACGUUGCCUUCAGUAAUUUUCUAGUGCGAGCCAGAUUAAAUAUGCCUCGUCCCGGUCGAAAUUCGUAUGGCGGAGAAAAGAAGCCACCGUACUCCUACAUUUCAUUAACAGCAAUGGCAAUCCAAAACUCUCCAGAAAAAAUGCUGACGCUGAGUGAUAUUUACAAAUUUAUCAUGGACCGCUUUUCGUUUUACCGAAAAAAUACGAAGCGAUGGCAAAAUUCGCUACGGCACAAUUUAUCAUUCAAUGACUGCUUUGUAAAGAUUCCUCGCAGACCAGAUCGCCCCGGUAAAGGUAGUUACUGGACUCUUCAUCCGGAGGCUUGGAAUAUGUUUGACAAUGGCAGUUUUCUGCGACGCAGAAAGCGAUACAAAUCCAAUACCGACAAUGAAAAAUUAUGUGAUACAUCUUGUGCUAUGACCACUUUUAAUCCAGUACAUGCUCGACCACCAUGUGACCUUUCUGGCAACUGGCGCCCAAGUCCCAAUCCUCCAAUGUAUCCCCGCGCUACGAACGCACUGAUCCCCACUGCGUCCAUUUAUCGCCUAUUCGGCGAUCCUACAGCGCCAUUUAAUAGUAAUAACCUCGUUGUUUCCAAUCAAACGGUUGUAUGGAGUGGACAUAAACCGGUUAGGAAGUCGUUCAAAAUUGAUGACAUACUGUCGGCGGAAACUUUUAAGCCAGUGACCUUUAAUACGUAUCCGGCACCAAACAAUGAGUGGCUACCAACAUACAAUGUUGCUUCGGCAUGUAAUACGAACAAGAAGUCAGCUUCAUCACAAUUAACAGCGAAUGAUGAAUCAAGAGGAUGGAUGGCAGCUACAUCUCCGGUAAAUUUAAGCGACGGGAAUGGCACACCGGGGAGAAUGGGAGAAAAGUCAAGAACAGCCGAACCAGGUGAUACACUAGUAGAAGAGGACAAUGACAUAAUCGAUGUUGUUGGCGAAGAUUAAUACAUGUAGUAAAAAUAAGCAUUGCGUCCGUUUGAAUUUUGUGUGCAUAACAUUGUAUGAAAGGUGUCCUGCAUGAGUCCUCUUGUCAAAUCUGUCAACUGUGCCAGAAUCUGAGCGAACAAUAAAAGUAUUUAAUAAAAAAUGAUUACCUGAAAAUGAUUACCUUGUUCGUUCAAUCCAGCAAGGGUGUAAUUUUUAUGAACUUAUAUUGCUGUGGCUACUAGACUCUCUAAAAAAGGGCCAUAUGUGCGGUUAGCAUAUCG